UGAAAAAAAGAUGGCUGCGGAUGAAAAAUUCUUGCAGAAUUUGCAAUUCUUUCGUGAUUAUUCUGCAUCUUGUGACAAAUCUAACAACCCCCUUUCUGUUUUGAAAAAUGUAACUAUUACUCUUAGAGAUGAAGGGUGUCGACAAGCUCUUCCAACCUCAUUUCUCGAUGACAGCACCAACCUCGCUAAGUCCUUGAUAAAUGACAUCAGAAAAGUCCACCAGACUGAUCCGCAGCUCAAAGACAAGUUUGCUGAAGUUGUGGAACAUCUUGAAGUUGUCGCUGAAGUCUACAGAUGCUUGAGGAAUUGUUGUGCAAGGUGUAAGAGGAACCAGUUGUAUAUUGGCAGCAAUGUGGCAUUCUUGAAGUCGACAAAGGAGUUUCUGGCCCAGUUACUCCACUUUCAUCGAACGAUACCUGCUUUGGUUGCAUUUACUCUACCCUCACAAAACAUCACCCUUAAGCUGCAGUGCCUCUACAGUGUUGUGCAAUGCUUAGGAAAUCUUGUGACGGACUGUCCAGAAAACCAUGAAAAAGUGUGGUUGAUGUUUGGCACUUUAUUUGCUGAGAUUUUAAAACUUCCUGACAACACGUUGACAGACUUCAUUUGCAUGGUUCUAAUGAACUGUAAGUCAGACAAUGAGCGCAGAAAGCAGUUGACCUCAACUGAGGGGUGGAAAAUACUAGAAGAAGUAUUGAGAACGGUUUGUCAUGAAGAUAUCGAAUGGGGUGUCUUCUAUCUUGAGGACCUGAUGAAGAGGCAGGAACUUUUCAGUGUUGCUUACAAGGAAUUACAAGAUUCAGAAAGGAUGGUUUUGCUGGACUUUAUCCAUGCUGAAGUCAGUUCAUCUCUGGACCGAGGUGACCGACCCGUGGAUGCCCGGGAUACACAGAGUGGGUAUCAGCAGCUCCCCUCCAAUGAUGCCCAGGCUGAGGGCCACCUUCUUCCCACGGACGAGGCUCAGCUCGCAUAUCACUGCCUCCCAUCCGAAAGCCUCCGCAUCUUGGCCAUGGAAUUCAAAGACAAUGCCCACCUCAUACUGGGAACCAGCCGCAGGCCUGGCGAGGAAGUUUCUGAGCCGAAGCUGGUCUUGAGGGUGUUGGAUAUUUUAUGCACAGCUACUGCGGCGGACGGGGACUACAUCAGCAUCCAGGACGACAUCGACCUCCUCAAAUGCUGUCUUCAUCUGCUGCACACCAUGUUCCUGCUCGGCCAGCAGGACGACAACAAUCCAUUCUCUAGCAGGAAACUCUCCGACGUGACAACGUUAGAGCCGGAGAGCUCUCAUCCAAUGUAUGGGUUGAAAAGAGACUUAAUCAGGCUGAUUGGAAACAUGGUGCACAGAAAUAAACGCAAUCAGGAUCAGGUACGUGAGUUGGGUGGUAUCCCCCUCAUACUGGACCACACAAACAUCGAUGGAAGAAACCCAUUUAUUUUACAAUGGGCCAUCUUCACGAUCCGUAAUCUCUGCGAAGACAAUCGAGACAACCAGGCUGUGAUUGCCAAUAUGAAUCUACAGGGUGUUGCAAACAGUGCGGAGUUACUCAGAGACUUUGGAGUUGAGGCCGUGGUCGAGAACGGAAAGAUCGUCGUGAAAUCAUCGAAGACCAGAUGACGAAGGUUGUGUGGUGGUCUACGUCCUCUCUUCGCAGCAAUACCCACUUGCACUGUGUUCGUGAUAAUAAUAACAAUUAUCAUCAUCUAUCUAUACGGCUCGACAUGGAAGUGAAUUAUCAGUAAACAUGACUUCAUACAUGACUUUGUUUGUAACUCUACUUGUACAUAUUUUGGGCAAAUUUAUCAAGAAUUGAAGACUGUUGUCAGGUUGUCUGAUGUGAUCUCAUCCUGGCCGCCUGGUUGUGACUCCUUAUAGGAGAUAAUAAUCAAAUACAAAGGAAUCUCCCUCAGUGCAGCAAAGUCAUUACAAGGACAGUUCGUUUUGAAUUUUCAUCCCAACGGGUGCACUAUUGUGCACUCGGAGGCGUUUAUUGAAGGCACAGCAAGUAGUGGACAUGCAGUUCAAUUAAAGGGACAUGAGAUAUGUUGGUUUUUCAUACAAACCUGGCUUCCAGGUGGGCAUUGACUUCUCCCAUCAGGAUCAUUGAAAAGUCAUUAAACUGAAAAAAAGGAGUGCAUGAGGUCAGAAUGUAACCAUGGACCUCAAACUCAAAGUGUCCAAAAAUUCUACAUUUCUGAAAUUGAUGGUAACACUCUGGUCCUAAAUCCCAAGUGUUGAUAGCGGUGUUUCACUCCGUGUCAAAUGCAAUUUUAGGGGUUCUGUGUUCUAUGCAUUAUUCUAUGUAUAAUUAGAUCGCGGGUAUAUAUCAUAUUACCGAGUAUAUAAGUGUCAAUGUUGUUUACAUUCAUGUUAGCCUCCAUAGUUUGCAAACUUAAUCAGGAGUUGUCCAUAUUUGUUGAUUCAAAAAAAGAAGGUAACUUUAUUUCAUGUUUCUCUGUCGAGCAGUACUGUAUGGGUAAGACCACAAAGAGAUCACUCUGGUAAGAUGUAUUCUGGUAUGGAUCCAAGGGGCCCGUCCGACCAGACCCAUCUCGGCACUGAUUUCAGAAGAAAAAUUGAAAUUGACAAUGAAAUUUUGAAAAGAUUGUUGAACUUGAUCAUAAAAUUCUAAAAGAUUUAGACCCUUUGCCCCCUCUUUCUUUGCCAAGUUGUGGAUCGGCUGCUGGUUCAGGCGGUGCCAAUGUUCAGAUCAAAGGCUUUAUGGCUCCUGGCCUGCUUCACAGUAUAUAUCAUGGGUUGUUUCAAUAAAACUUCUUUACACCAGGAGUGAUUCUUUGAUAAUGUUGUGCCGACUCGCGGCUUAGUUAGGUUGAUGUUGACUGUAGCUUGUUGUCAUCUGAAAUUCGUUAUGAUGCUGGACUUGUCCUUGAACAAUGCAAGCUUAUUUGCGUAGUUGUUGGAUUUUCCGUUGACUGGGUCACAUGUGGUGUGUUAGGUGUUUGUAACUACUUGUUGGUUGUCCAUCUUGGUGAGGCCUGGGAAGGCUUUCUGAGCUUUAGUCUGAACCACCAAAGUGUAUUCUUGACUGCUGAAAGCAAGCCAAAAAGUACUGGACUGGUGCCAGUAAGCCAACCCGAAGGGAAAAACCUGUGCAGGUGAAAUUCUGGCCAAAGUUCAGAGUCUUUCAGCUAUUCCAGCUUACCAAGUCUAGAUCUGGAAGUUUAUUGUCGUCAUAGAAACCCUGAUCUGGGAGAGUUUUGAGGAAACAGAUUUUUAGUACAACCAGAUAUUCGUGUAUGUCCUUGUGCGUGAGAUUUCAUGAAAAAAUGCAAGAAAUUUGUACAAAGUUUCAUACCAUCUUAUUGUUUUCUGCGUUCGAAUAUUUUAUGAAACUUGUCUAUGCUAAAGUUAACAUCAUCAUGUAUAGUUGAUUGAAGUGAUUUCUAAAUUUAUCAAUAGUACCAAAGGGUCACUGCAUGCAUAUGGUGAGUGUCACUGGAGAAAAAAAAGAUGUUUGUAAGCUUUGGUGAGCUUCAGACAUUUAUUUUUACUAUUGAAAAGUUUUUGAAUCACAGUUAUGGUUCCUAAUGCUUUCUUUCUAAUAUUUAAGUGCCAAAAUGAAAAUUUGUAAUUGUGACAUUCCGAGAAUGCAUAAAUAAAUAAAAGAUCAUGUGU